AUCAGCUGGAAAUCCACGGAAAUCAUCAAGAGGACUGUUUUGCCUUUACUGAGCUAGGUAGACACCUAUCAACUUCACUUUCCCUCCUCGUCUUCUCUCUUGUCCAGCCGCCACAGUGGCGAUGUCGGAGUCCUACGAUUUCCUGUUUAAAUUUCUGGUUAUUGGAAAUGCCGGAACAGGCAAAUCCUGUCUGUUGCACCAGUUCAUAGAGAAGAGAUUUAAGGAUGAAUCCAACCACACGAUCGGAGUGGAGUUUGGCUCCAAGAUCAUCAGUGUGGUCAACAAAACGGUCAAACUGCAGAUUUGGGACACUGCAGGACAAGAACGGUUCAGGUCUGUGACCAGAAGUUACUACAGAGGAGCAGCAGGAGCUUUACUGGUCUAUGACAUCACCAGUCGAGAAACCUACAACGCUCUGACCACUUGGCUGAGUGAUGCUAGGAUGCUGGCCAGUCAAAACAUCGUCAUCAUCCUCUGUGGGAAUAAGAAGGACCUGGAUGCUGACAGAGAGGUCACGUUCCUGGAGGCGUCACGCUUCGCCCAGGAGAACGAGCUGAUGUUCCUGGAGACCAGCGCUCUGACAGGGGAGAACGUUGAAGAGGCCUUUGUCCAGUGUGCUCGGAAAAUCCUCAAUAAGAUCGAGUCAGGGGAGCUGGACCCCGAGAGGAUGGGCUCGGGUAUCCAGUAUGGUGACGCUGCAUUAAGGCAGCUUCGUUCUCCCCGUCGUGCUCAGCCGCAGGGCACCCAAGAGUGUGGCUGCUAGUGGACAUCCUGCCACAUACACAAUCAAGGUUUGUGAAGAGCAGAAGAAGAACAGCCAUGGAGGACCCAACGGGUUCAGGUUGCUUUGCCGGUGACCCGUCCCUGUCCUUUGCACGGACCUUUCAGAGCCUUCGUUGUCAUUUCUGCAUGUGCAGCGAGGCUGUGAAGACCUAGCAACCCUACCCCCACCCUUCCUAACUCAGAAAUCUCCAAGGUAAUGACGUAAGAGCGCCCACCCCUCAACAGUCUGCACUCUAUUGGACCAAAGUCUGCCUGGCCCUGCAAACCAGGAUGUUUUAUCUCCUUGUAUAUUUUACCUUUUUCCUUCACACCUGCUCACUCACUUUUUAAUCCCACUAAUUUCUGUAUCUUCCUUUCAUCUACAGAUUUCACUUAGGGGUAUUAUUUAAAUACUAAAUAUGUAAAUCUAAAUACUACUUAGGGGUAGUAUUUAAUUUCCCUUUUUUUGGGUCUAAAUUAAAAAAACAUAUCAGGCUAAUCAGGUAAAUAAGUGUUGGUGGGUAGAUUUUAACUAUGUGAAAUUAUCACAAACCUUUAUACUAAUAUAACAUGAGCUGACUUCUUAUCGAGUUGAGCUGAGUGUACAAUCAAAUCAACCGAACACACUUCUUUUUAGAGUAACCCUUAUUCUCCUUCCAUCUGCUCUGAUUACCUCUUAUCAUCCUUCUUACCUACUUUACACACCCCACUAGCAGUCUGCUGUAUGUGCCACUCCCUCGUUGCACUUUUUUCCUCUAAUAACAGUGCCCACUUACAAGAUUACACCGCAUUUUCUUAAUCCCUUGCCUUGAAACUCUGUUCUUGCAUUGUUUACAAGCCUCCUCUCCCCUUCUCCUACCCUCUCAUCCCUCUGCAGAUCUUACACGCUGUACAGUGUUUCUGUAUAUAAAGACUGAUGCAUGUUUUCUCAAACAAAAUAUCAGAGUUUCAUUAUGAAGAAAUAUUACAUGUAUAUCAAAACUGAUAUCAUAAUAAGCAUUUGUUUCAUGAUCUAUUGUAUAAAUAUGUUGAAAUGCAAUGCACUGGCAACAUGAAAGCAGCAGAUGUUCAGGACUGUUUGCAAGACGUUUGUACUGUUUGUAAAUGGGACAAGCCAGUGUGAGUUUUAUGAAAAAUGACAAAUGACUUGCAUUUAUUUUAUUUUGUUCCAAUCAUUUGUGUCUACGUUGUAUCCCAUCUUUAAAGUCACAGUGGCACAUUGGACAGUCACCACUGAGAUAAAUGGUCAUGUAACACAUAUUUAUCCAAAGGAUCCAUUUAUGACAAAAGGCUGAUCUCUUGCUUACUUUUGUUGCCUGUUUACAUGUGGUGGUGUGAUACUAACCAAUCACAUUUUCAGUUUUAACUAUAUUGUAAAACUUAUCUGUGUGCUUUUAUUUAUUUUCGUCUCCCAGUUUUAAGACUUUGAAGAUUUGUCAAAAUCCAGGAUUUUGGUUUAGAGUUGCAACAUAUAAUUCAUUCUUUUAUUUUUUUUUAACCUGAUUUAUCACUUGAACACUAGACAAUUAAAUUAUACACACUUCAAAUAAGUCCGAUAUUUAACGUUUAAAAAAAAAAAAGAAAAAAAGAAAAUCCUCCAGUGUGUGGUAUGUGACGGCAGCAGCUUUGGCCGUUCCACUUCAAGUUGUAGUCUUGUGUUUAUGCCAUCAGGUCUGUUGUUUAUAUUAAUGUAUGUCUGUUUUUCUUUCAUCUUUAUGAAUAUAAUAGAUUUUUAAUUUAUUGUGUAUAAUAAAAGGCAUAUGUUUUUGAAAUAAAAACUGCUACAAGUUCA